GCCACGUCCUAUCUCUCCGUGAUGCUUCCCAAAGGCCGAGUACAUGAAUGGGCCGAUCACCUAUUCUCACUUGCUUUGGCACACGGCAUUGGCACAUGUUCAGCGCAUGCGAUGUCAGGAAGUUUCUCUCGUGGAGCCCCAGCACGAUCCCGCAAAUGCUCAUUCGUAUCAAUUCUGCACUAGCAGAGCGCAGUUUUUAUGACAAGUUACCAUCAAGACCACAAGCGUUGGAGAACGGAGCGGGGCCCUCCUCUGCAAGGGAAGUAUACAGUAGGCUGCUCCAAAACAUUCGCAUAUGACUUUCCGUCUCCUUUCUCGGGCAGUGCCACCUCAGGUACUCAUAUAGCCGUCUACAUGCCUUCAUUCCAGCACACCUCUAUCUGUCUCUCCUACUUUGUCACCGUCUUCUAGCCAUGGACGCGUAUACACAGCCACUCGACUGGAGCCGUGUCUCCCAGCUCGCCGUAGAUCCCAUGUCUUUCCUCCAGAUCCCCAGCCUUGAUCACGCCGACGCGCCUCCGCUACAGCUUCUAACACCUCCCUGCAGCGCCGUCUCCCCUAUUCCGUCUCCCCCAACACCCACGGUAACGGACGGUGAUACUAUUGUCCCCGUAUCGACGACAUUCUUCCCUGGAGCCAACAUCAUUGCAUCCCCUCCCGACAUCAUCCUCUUGUCCUCUGACUCCGUGUUCUUCUAUGUUCAUUCUAGCGUUUUGCUCGGCGCGUCAUAUAAUGGUUUCAAAGGCCUUGUAUCUUCAUCCCAAAACCGAAAUUGCGGCCCUACAGAACCCGUGAUGCCGGUGGCAGAGCAUUCCUCUGUUCUCAACAUCAUUCUGCACAGCAUCUACGACAUGUCGUGUUCUCACUACGCACCCUCAUUCGAGUCUUUAUCGUCUGCCGCCGCCGCCUUUCCAAAGUACGGCCUGUCUGCGAAGAAGCUUGUUGCCCAAUCAACACCCUUAUACAACCUCCUGGUUUCGCACGCGCCCUUAUACCCGCUCGAGGUGUACGCGCUGGCUGCCAAACAUGACAUCCUCGACCUCGCCAUCCCCACGUCAUCCCAUCUUCUGUCCUUCCCUCUCGCGUCCAUUAGCGACGACAUGGCAGAAAACAUAGGGCCGAGGUAUCUCAAGCGGCUGUUUUUCCUGCAUCUCGGCCGUUUGGAUGCCCUGAGGCGUCUACUCGUACCGCCUCCGCACCCACACGCGCAGACGGAGACCUGCAGUUUUGAGGACCAGAAGCGGGUCACGAGUGCCUGGGCGCUCGCGUCAUCGUACCUCGCGUGGGACGCCCGACCAGAUCUGUCCACGAGUACGAUGCAAUCUGCGCUCGGUCCCUUGGAAAAUCAGCUUUCUUGCAAUCUGUGCCGAGUAGCUCUUCGGGAAAAGCUGAACCACAUUACUGUUCAGUGGUCCAUCAUUAAAAGAACGAUCUAAAUUUCCGUUCAGAUGAUCUAUACCUGCUACGCGACUUUUCUGAUCUGAUACAUUGAUUCAUCCCUCCCACUAGUCAUGCUCGUCACACGCACGUGGAAUCUUCGCAUAUCACUCACACGCACUAUAUUUCAUCAAACGUUUAUCUCUCGUCAUUGUACAGACGUACAUGUAAAGGCAUUUACAGUGUCACUUCAUCAUCGUAUAUAUGCACGCCAUUUACCAGGACUUCACCUCAUCGAAUGCUUCGGCAUCAUUUAUCGAAAUAGUCGACUCCAUAAAACGUGUGCAACAUAGUUACGGAUAGGAUUGAACGUGAUCAAGAUUUAUCGGA